AUGUCCAACUUGUAUGCCCGCGAUGGCCCUUCGACGGUCCAACCGCCUCUAUCCCAGGCCGUUGGAUAUGUCGUAGUGGUGGUCAUCGGUGUGAUUAUAGCCCUAGUGAUGAUGGUGAUCACCAAGGUACUGAAGAAAACGACCGGAGAGGACAACGAAAAGACUGAAAUGUUCAUGACGGCAAACCGCACUAUCCGCACCGGCUUAACUGCAUCAGCCGUGAUAUCCUCUUGGCUGUGGUCAACCGCCUUGCUCGGCUCCGCAUUUGUCGGCUAUGACUAUGGCGUGGCUGGUCCUUUCUGGUUUGCAGCGGGCUGCAGUCCAAUGAUUGUGUUCUUCGCUCUGUUGGGAAUCUCUUGCAAGCGCAAGAUCCCCGAAGCACAUACUUCGCUCGAGGUUGUUCGUAUCCGAUACGGACAUGUGGCACAUAUCGUGUUCAUGAUUCUGUGCCUGGUGAACAAUAUCUUCGCAUGCGCCAAUAUGCUCCUUGGUGCCGCCGCGGUCAUUACUGCUGUCACCGGGAUGCACAUUAUCGCUGCCACAUUUUUGUUGCCGGUCGGAGUUACAGUUUAUACAUUCGUUGGUGGCAUCAAAGCAACCUUUCUCACCGAUUACUUCCACACGGCUAUCAUUAUGAUCAUUGCAUGCUAUUUCUCCGUCAAAGCGUUUUCAAACCCCCAAAUUGGGUCUGUCGGUGAUCUGUUCGAACUUCUCCAGGCAGCGGCGCAACAACACCCAGUCUCGGGCAACCAGGAUGGGACCUAUUUGACAAUGAAAUCAAAGGGUGCAAUGCUUUUCGGAAUCCUCCACACGCUUGGAAACUUCGGUCUGGUCAUUAUGGACACGAGCUACUUCAUCAAAGCCUUCUCUGCCUCUCCCGCUGCAGUGGUCCCCGGAUACACAAUCGGCGGCAUUGCCUACUUCGCCAUCCCAUGGGGUCUGGGAACAGUCAUGAGCUCCGUCGCCUUGGGCCUCGAGAAUCAACCCAAUUUCCCCACAUUCCCAAGACGAAUGACCACAACAGAAGUGAGCAACGGCCUCGUCCUCCCAUACGCAGCCAUCACCAUCGCCGGCAAAGGCGGCGCAGCAGCAGUCCUUCUCAUAACAUUCAUGGCAUGCACAUCCACGCUCUCCGCACAGGUCAUCGCCGUCAGCUCGAUUCUCAGUUUCGACGUCUACCGCGAGUACUUCAAGAAGAAGGCUACGGACCGCGAUCUGAUCCGCGCUAGUCACUUCGGCGUUAUUUUCUUCGCCGCGUUCUCGGCAGGCUUCAGUACAAUGCUUCAUUAUGUUGGAAUUAAUCUGGGUUGGACGCUUUAUAUGCUGGGCGUGGUCACCUGUCCCGGCAUCUUCCCGAUGAUUUUCACAAUCCUCUGGCGCCGCCAGAGUAAGGCCGCUGCAAUCUUGUCGCCCAUUCUCGGUCUCGCGACAGGAAUGGCUGUCUGGCUGGGUACCGCUUCGCGGUUCAGUGGUGAAGUCUCCGUCGCUUCGACGGGGCAAGUCCUCCCCUGUCUCUAUGGAACAGUUGCCUCCUGCUUGUCGCCAAUCGUAUACUCGGUUUUGAUUACGCUUGUCCGGCCGCAGAAUUACGACUGGGAUGAUUUCAAGAAGGAGAAACUAUCUCUUGAAAGAUUGCAUAGUGAGCCGAGCACUCCUCUUCCCCACGAAGCCCGUGGUGGCGGCGAUGAUGGCAUUGAGGAUGGAGGUUCAAGUGCUGGGCUGGAACAACGAGAGUUGAAGCGCUGGAGUCGAAUCGCAGCUGCUUGGGCUGUGGCGACGUUUUUGGGUCAUUGGGUUCUUUGGCCGUUGCCGAUGUAUGGAUCUGGUUAUAUCUUUGGGAAAAGGUUCUUUAUCGCUUGGGUUGUUGUCUCUAUCAUCUGGCUCUGGCUUAGUAUGCUGGUUGCGAUCUUCUACCCGAUCAUCGACGGUGGGAUUGAGCAGAUGAGGGAUGUAUAUCGCGGCCUGAGACGCCCGCAGAUUAUCACCGAGGCUGCGCAGAGCAAUGAUGAGAAAGGAGUUUCCAGUGGCUCGCCAUCUGCUGGGUCUAUCAGCGAUGCUACACGCAUUGGCGAAUUCCAAGAAGGCAAAAGUGGGAAAUUUGAACAAUAA